GGUUGAGAGGCCUGCAUCUUCCGCAGUAGCUAGAGGUGCAGCCUGAGCUGAUGAACUAUAUCCGCCACGUGGCGCCAUGGAUAACCUUCAUGGCCAUCCUGUUCCAGCUGGCAUUCUGCGUGGCGGUAGCGGUGAAGUACUGGGAUGCGGUGCGUGUCUAUAUCCAGCGAGACGACGGCGUGUCCGAUUCCGGCUGGCAGAGGCGGAAAGGAGGCCGGAAAGCGGCGUCUGAAGACAGAGCACAGGGAGGAGGAGACGGGGCUCAACGGUGCCGAUAGCGCGUAUACGAAGA